GCUGGUUAUUUUGCAAGCGGGAGGGGCCGUGCGCGCUCUUGCCUUAGGCCUCUGUCCCCCACCCCCUUCGCCGGUACCGGUCUCUUCUUCGGAAAGAUGUCGGACACAGCAGUGGCUGACACUCGGCGCCUUAACUCGAAGCCUCAGGACCUGACCGACGCUUAUGGGCCACCAAGUAACUUCCUGGAGAUAGACAUCUUUAAUCCACAGACGGUGGGCGUGGGCCGCGCGCGCUUCACUACCUAUGAGGUUCGCAUGCGGACAAACCUGCCUAUCUUCAAGCUGAAAGAAUCCUGUGUACGGAGACGCUACAGUGACUUUGAGUGGCUGAAAAAUGAGCUGGAGCGAGAUAGUAAGAUUGUAGUACCACCACUGCCUGGGAAGGCCUUGAAGCGGCAGCUCCCUUUCCGAGGAGAUGAAGGGAUCUUUGAGGAAUCUUUCAUUGAAGAAAGGCGGCAAGGCCUUGAACAGUUUAUUAACAAAAUCGCUGGGCACCCACUGGCUCAGAAUGAACGCUGUCUACACAUGUUCCUGCAGGAGGAGGCAAUUGAUAGGAACUACGUCCCUGGGAAGGAUUCAUGAUGGAAGCAGGAAAGGCCACAAAAGCUGGAGAUUGAAGAUCUGGGUACUAAGUUUAUUGGAAGAACAGAUGUCUGACCUAGAAAGUUUGUCCAUUCCUGUGCUACCAUUUCAGCCAGUCCUCUGGCAUCUGAUUUUACUGUCUUCACCUUUCUAUAUAUACCAUUUUGCCAUACAAAAUCCAUUGUGUUAUGUUUUAUUUUUACAAAUUGCCAUACUUUAUGUUCUCAUUCAGUGUCUUGAAAAUGUUUUUUAUUUGCUAGAUUCAUUAAAUGUGAUAUAGUAUAUACCAUAUGUCAUAGUGUGAUUAAAAGUGAUUUAACUGUUCUCUUAUUGAUAGACUAACUGGAUUUAAUAAUUUCAUUAUUAUUUUUACAAACAAUAGUGGUGUGACCAUUCUUGACUCUGACUCAUCAUUUUCUCAAACUGUGAUCACAUGAUUCCAAUGAAAAAUAGCUUUUCUAAAGCCAGGAAUUAGAAGGGUAAAUCUGACAUUUUUUUUAACAAGUUACAUUGAUAUCUGCCCUAGUAAGAGACAGCUGAGUUCUCAUCUGCUUCUGCUUUUAAUCUUUUAUCUAUUUUCAUUGAAAUAUAGCACAUACAUUAUUGUUCCAAGAAUAUAUAUAGGUAUGUACAUAUAUUAUAUAUAAUAAUAUUUACCAUUCUAACUUUUUUUUGAGAUGGAGCCAUGCCAAUAUAGCCCUGGCUGGCCUGGCACUUGCUAUGUAGAUCAGGCUGGCCUGAGACUCAUGGCAGUCCUGCUAAGUCUUCCAAGUGCUGAGAUCACAGGCAGCUGUCACAACACUUGUUUUCUUCUUGUAUGACCCAGCGUGGUUAGAACUCAAUUGCAUAGACCAGGCUGGGCUUGAGUUUACAGCAGUCUUCCUGCCUCUGCAUUCCAGGAACUAGAAUUACAGAUAUGCAUGUUGUGCCUGGCUGUUCUAACCAUUUUUAAGUGGCAUUAAGCACUUACAUUUAUGUUGUUUUGCAACCAUUAGCACCAUAUAUCUCAACACAUGUCUCAUUUUGCCACUUCAAACUCAGUAACUCCCCAUAUCCCCUAGCAGCUACCAUCUUUUCUAGUUCUUUGAAUUUGACAAUUGUAGGUAUCUCAUAAAUGGAAUAUUGUUAUUACAUGUUAUGUAUGUGCACUUGUAAGUGUUAUGGUAUAUGUGGGGGCAGAGGGAAACUUGGAGGAGUCAGUUCACUCCUUCUACCAUGUAGGUCUUAGAAUUGAAUUCAGGUUAUCAGGCUUGGUGGCAAGUGCCUUUACGUCCUGGGCCAUCUUUCAAAUUUUUUUUUUUUUUUUUUUUUUUGUGACUGCCUUCUUUCAUCUUAGGCUAAAAUAAAGGGCAUCCAUGUUGCAGUACAUGUCAGAACACUUUUUUUUUUUUUAAAGGCUGGAUAAUUUUUCAUCCAUUUCUUCAUUCCAUUUUGUCAGUUCAUCUGCUGAGGACACUUGAGCUGUUUCUAUUUAUUUUAAUUUUUAAAAUUAUAUUUAUUUGUUUGUGGGCAUGGGUGUACAUGCAUGUGCAUGCUAUUGUAUGUGUGUGUAGGUCAGAGGAUAACUUGGGAAAGUUGGUUCUCUGGUUUUAGUAAAUGGCUCCUGGGGAUUAAAAACUCAAGAGUGAACAAACACACACCUGUAAUCCCAAAACUCUGGGAGGCAGAGGCAGGCUGAUCUCUGUGAAUUCAAGGCCAGCCUGGUCUACAAAGGGAGUCCAGGACAGCCAAGGAUACACAGAGAAACUCUUAAAAAGCAAAGCAAAACAAACAAAAAACCCAAACAAACAAACAAAACGGAAAAACUGAAGAGUGUUAGGCUUGGCAGCCAGCAUCUUUAACCUACUAAGCCAUCUCACCAGUCCCUGUUUUUUAAAAAACAUUAUGCAGGUGUAUGUGUCUGUGUGUGUGUAGGGGUGGAGCAGAGAACAACCUUAGGUAUUAUCCUCAGGAAUUCCAUUCCCCCACCUUUUUAAAAAUGCUCAAUAAAUAAAUAUAUUUUCUUGAGACUACUGCCUAACACAUGUUUAUGUUUGGAAAGUGAUGUACAUAAAAACAACUAAAAUAAAAAAAAAAAACAAAGUCAUAACACAAGACAAGCUGCUUGUUUUGCAUUGUUUUACCAAGCACGUAUAUAGCUAUUUGACUGAACUGUGGAUUUUCAUUCUCUAAAUGAUUUCCUGUGCCAAAGUUAUCACCCUCUAAGUUAAAAUAAACAUUUUAGAUGAUGAA